GUGAGGAGCUGGGACGGCUCUUACUGCUGCGCCACCAGAAGAGCCGGCAGAACGACCCCCCGGGGAAGCUCCCCAUGCAGCCGCCCAUGAACUCCAUGAGCUCCAUGAAACCCUCCCUCUCGCAUAGGUGCAUAUGUGACGGCUGCCAUCUUGACAGACCCCAGAGAUUGAAACGGGGACCUCCAGAGCUGAAAGCUGAUGGGUCUUUCCCUUACGAUUCUGUUCCGUGGCAGCAAAACACCAAUCAACCACCGGGUUCCCUGUCGGUGGUCACUACAGUAUGGGGCGUGACUAACACUUCCCAGAGCCAGGUGCUGGGGAACCCCAUGGCGACUGCAAACAACCCCAUGAACCCAGGAGGAAACCCCAUGGCUUCUGGGAUGACAACCAGCAACCCUGGCAUGAAUUCGCCGCAGUUUGCCGGGCAGCAGCAGCAGUUCUCAGCCAAGGCGGGCUCCAACCAGCCAUACAUACAGCAGAGCAUGUACGGGCGUCCCAACUAUCCGGGGAGCGGAGGUUUCGCGGGAAGCUAUCCAGGAGGCCCCAAUAACCCUGCAGGAAUGGGGAUCCCGCCCCACACCAGGCCGCCUGCCGAUUUCACUCAGCCAGCGGCUGCCGCUGCAGCCGCUGCCGUUGCCGCUGCAGCAGCUACUGCCACUGCCACAGCCACAGCGACCGUUGCCGCCCUUCAAGAAACGCAGAACAAGGAAAUGAACCAGUACGGACCGGUCUGUUCCUCUUUCCAGAUGGGUCCAACUCAAGCGUACAACAGCCAGUUCAUGAACCAGCCUGGCCCUCGUGGGCCGGCUUCCAUGCCGGGCAGCAUGAACCCAGCCACCAUGGGAGCGGGCAUGACGCCUUCCAAUAUGAGCGGGCCCCCUAUGGGCAUGAACCAGCCCAGGCCACCUGGAAUGAGUCCCUUCAACCAUGGGCAAAGGAUGCCACAGCAAGCCUACCCUGGCCCACGCCCCCAGUCUUUACCCAUGCAGGGCAUGAAGAGACCGUAUCCGGGAGAGCCAAAUUAUGGAAACCAGCAAUAUGGACCAAAUAGCCAGUUUCCAUCCCAACCUGGUCAGUAUCCAGCUCCCAACCCUCCAAGACCCCUCACGUCACCCAACUACCCGGGACAAAGGAUGCCAAGCCAGCAAAACACAGGGCAAUAUCCUCCUCCGACGGUCAACAUGGGACAGUAUUAUAAGCCGUCAAGGCCUGUUCCCGUGGCAAAUUACCCCCACUCGCCUGUCCCAGGAAACCCCACGCCACCCAUGACUCCAGGGAGCAGUAUUCCUCCGUACCUGUCCCCUAAUCAGGACGUCAAACCGCCGUUCCCGCCUGACAUUAAGCCAAAUAUCAACGCUUUACCGCCACCCCCAAAUGCUAAAGGGAAAGUUCACGCUUUCUCUCCCUCUUCGAUCCCAGCCAACCACAACGAUGAGCUGCGCCUGACGUUCCCCGUGAGAGACGGGGUCGUCUUAGAGCCCUUCCGGCUGGAACACAACCUGGCAGUCAGCAACCACGUCUUUCACCUACGGCCCACCGUCCACCAGACGCUAAUGUGGAGGUCGGACUUGGAACUCCAGUUCAAGUGCUACCACCACGAGGACCGGCAGAUGAACACCAACUGGCCAGCGUCGGUCCAGGUCAGCGUCAACGCAACGCCACUUACCAUCGAGCGAGGCGACAACAAGACAUCGCAUAAACCCCUGCACCUCAAGCAUGUCUGCCAGCCGGGAAGAAACACAAUUCAAAUUACCGUCACAGCUUGCUGUUGUUCACACUUGUUCGUAUUGCAGCUAGUACACCGGCCGUCAGUCCGCUCUGUCCUCCAGGGCUUGCUGAAGAAACGUCUCCUGCCAGCUGAGCACUGUAUCACCAAAAUCAAGAGGAAUUUCAGCAGCGUGGCAGCCUCCUCGGGCAACGCAACCCUCAAUGGCGAGGAUGGUGUGGAGCAGACAGCAAUCAAGGUGUCACUGAAGUGUCCAAUCACAUUCCGGCGGAUCCAGCUACCGGCAAGAGGCCACGACUGCAAACAUGUACAGUGCUUUGAUCUGGAAUCCUACCUGCAGCUGAACUGUGAACGGGGGACGUGGCGGUGUCCCGUCUGCAAUAAAACAGCCCUGCUAGAAGGCCUCGAAGUUGACCAGUACAUGUGGGGCAUUCUGAACGCCAUACAGAACUCGGAGUUUGAGGAAGUCACAAUCGACCCGACGUGCAGCUGGAGGCCGGUGCCAAUCAAGUCCGACAUACACAUCAAAGACGAUCCCGACGGGAUGCCUUCCAAGCGGUUUAAGACCAUGAGUCCCAGCCAGAUGAUCAUGCCCAACGUGAUGGAGAUGAUUGCAGCUCUGGGCCCUGGCCCGUCGCCUUACCCAUCAAUCCCGCCACCGCCAGGGAGCACCAAUUCCGGCGAAUACAGUAACCAAGGCAACAGUUACCAAGGUCACAGCAAUUUCGAUUUUCCGCACGGGAAUCCCGGUGGAACGUCUAUGAACGACUUCAUGCACGGCCCUCAGCUGUCGCACCCUCCCGACAUGCCCAGUAGCAUGGCAGCCCUCGAAAAGCCCCUAAGUCACCCCAUGCAAGACCCCAUCCCUCAUCCUGGCAGCACCGACCAGUCCCAUAGUUCCAUGCAGCAAGGUUUGCACGUACCUCAUCCCAGCAGCCAGUCAGGGCAGCCAUUACAUCACAGCGGUCCGCCUACCCAGCAGAGCCGGCAGCCGCCACCGGCCGCUUCUAGCAACCAUCCCCACAAUGACCUGGCCUUUAACCCCUCCUCCGCCUUAGAGGGCCAGGCCGGUGGGCAGGGCGCGUCCGACAUGCCGGAGCCUUCGCUGGAUCUGCUUCCAGAACUUACGAACCCGGACGAGCUGCUUUCGUACCUGGAUCCCCCUGACUUACCGAGCAAUAGCAACGAUGACCUUCUCUCUCUCUUUGAGAACAACUGAAGCCUUCUGUGUCCUGUCCCCCGACACCUGUCACUCGUUUGACACGUCUGUAGCUUCACAGUGAGGAUUCCCACAACACCCUUUCUCCCCCCACCCACCCCCACUCGCAGCUGGAGGAGACGACGGACACACGUGUUCUUCAUCUCAGAACUCUCUUGCUCGUGGCAAGCUUCACAAAUUGUGGGGUAGAAAGAAAGAGGAUGAGAAGGCGGAGGGCCUCCAAACGCGGCCACUCCACAUCACGGACUGUUUGCGCAGCUACGGAAAACCUCACUGGUUAGGUCUCGAGAGAGAUAAGAGAAUGAGCUUUGGGAGACGGCGUAGCAUGAAGUCUCCCGGUAGAAGUCAGUCUCACCAAGAGAAGAAACGGCAACAGAACUAUUCUAAGCAACCGGUUUCAGAAUUCCCUUCCAACUGUGUUCUUCCAUGCGUUUCGUUGGGUUUCUUUUUCCUUUACGGUGUGGUGUCCGUUCCAAUGUGUUCGCUCUCCCUCCCCCUGUCUGUACAUUUGGGUCAGACGGAAUAAGGACAGGAUUUAUUGGGUGAUGCCUUCAGACCAGCCAAACAAACUCAAACCACAAAACACAUACCAAAAAAGCACAAAAAAACCCUUUAUAAAGAUGUCACAACUAAGAUAAAAACACAAAACACAUCAAAGGGGAGGCGUGUAUUCCUCAGAUGGUCAUUUCUGUGUGAUGGAAAAGUCCCGCGAAUCCCUGGGCUGCGGCAACGGUGGUUCUUUCUAAUCUGUAGCAAUUUUUUUAAAAUCUUGCAGGCCAGGUAGCCUCUUUGCUCCAACACAGAGACCUGGAGACUUGGGGUUUUUUUUCUUCUUCUUCUGUAUGUCUCUUUCCCCUUUUUCUUUCUUACGGGGUUUGGUUUCAAAGAACCAACCUGUUUGCCAUCAUGUUACAUGGGAGGGAGGGGUUUGACUCAGAUUCCCAUAUGAAACUAUGAAACGUUGGAUGUCACUGAGAGCUUUUCUUAAUCUGUGCACUAAGGCAGUCUUAGCCGGGGGGGAGGGGGGAAGCUAGGAAAGUAUGAAAGGAGCUCAGCCAGAUGGCGAAAUAACUGCUCCCAGGUUGGCUUGAAAGAGGCAUUUGCAGUGGGAGGAAGCGCCUGGUAUCUGACGAAGGGGACCUUGACUCUUGACACCUUCUACCCCACGCGUCUCGUUGUUGGUCCCUAAGGUGCUACUGAACUCAACUCUAGCUGCCCUACACCUCCCCAGAGUUGUUUUCUUUCUGUUUCUCAGAUUGUGACAUGGAAUUCGGCCUUUUCGGGGUGUUUUUCCCCCCCAGGUUUGUUGUAUUUUUUAGCUGCCAGGACUGUUUUAUAUAUAUUAUUUUUCCAAGGACAAUGGGGACCGGAAGUGUAAGUCCCUUUGGUACCACAGUAACACAGCCUCUCCCGCCACAGUGCUUCCGUGGUCUUUGUGCUUCUCAUGUGGUCUCCCCCCCCCCGCUGCAUGAGUUUCCUGUUUCUCCCAGGCCCGUUUCUGCGCUCUUGGUCAUUCUCUCGUAUAAAUGAUGUAUAGUAUCUGUAUGUCAAGACGGUGCAUGUGUGCCAACUCCGCCCUGGCGGGCCGACAUUUCAUCUUCUGCCCACCGUGUGCAAAUCUUGUUUUCUCUGUGAAUAAAAAAAGAAAAAAAAGAAAAGUCCUUGAUGGAUUCCUUUCCCGUCCAGAAAUCAGAUCAACUAUAUCCCAUGUUUGGUUUCCAGCAGUCGGCUUUCCAUUUCGUGCCUGAUGGAACUCAUGCUUGUCGGUUUCUGUGUGUAAGCUCCGCCCACCUUGCCCCCCCCGUGAAUGGCGUGACCCGUGCAUUCCAUUCCCGACUCGCUCUCGUCACCAAAGUCAUGCUUGUAAAUUCUUUGCGUAUUUUGUUUCUAGCAUCUACCGCCACAGCUGUAUAUGCAUCUUGUUAUAUAUAUAUACUAGUUCACAGCACUUUGCUGUAGAUAUUACAAGAAAUGGCAGUUUUAGUUCCUCUAUUUUCCAGUAGGGAGUGCUGAAUUUGUAAAACAUUUUAUGUAGAGAUGUUUUGACACUUACUUUUCUCCCCGU